AUGGUCGAUGCCGCUCGAUGGCUCGAACAGCUCCGCCAUUACUCAGAAGAAGCAGCAGUCGUAGAUAGCUUUCGGCACUGGGGCUACACUAUCUACCGCACACACUAUGCGCCGACCACCGACCAACAAUGGCAGCGACUCCUUGAAAAGAUCCAUAGCGAGGCACACAAAUCGACUCUGAGAGUGUGUGAAGCCACUGCAGACGAUCCCGCAGUUCAACGGAUCUGGUCCCUCUUCCGUCUCGAUGCGCGCUCGGAUCCUGCUCUAACAGGCCUGGACAUGGACCAGCUGCGUUUGUUGUACAGAAACGGCGACGAGGAUGACCCAAUGAAUGCGGAUCUCCGAUCGCACCGUGUCUUUCUCGUGGCGGACGAUGAAGUACUGUCUGAUGUUGACGCCUUUAUGGAAUUCACGACUCCCGACGCCAACAUGUCCAGGCCGACCGUCACCGUCAUCUCCCCCAAGGGCGAGUCCACCAAGGACACCAUCGCUGUCCCCAAUGUCUUCAAGGCUCCUGUUCGCCCUGACGUAGUUCAUACCGUGCACAGCGGGAUGAACAAGAACCGCCGCCAGGCGUACGCUGUCUCCGAGAAGGCCGGACACCAGACAUCUGCUGAGUCUUGGGGAACUGGUCGUGCCGUUGCGCGUAUUCCCCGUGUCUCUGGUGGUGGUACUCACCGCGCUGGUCAGGCUGCGUUCGGUAACAUGUGCCGAUCCGGUCGCAUGUUCGCCCCUACCAAGGUCUGGCGCAAGUGGCACCAGAAGCUCAACCUGAACCAGAAGCGUUACGCGACCGCCUCCGCGAUCGCCGCCUCUGGCAGCCCUGCUCUUCUCCUCGCCCGUGGUCACGCUAUUUCCACCGUUCCCGAGGUUCCCCUCGUUGUCUCCUCGACCGCCUUCGCUGAUGGCGCCAUCAAGAAGACCUCCGCCGCCGUUGCCCUUCUCAAGGCCGUCGGUGCCGGUGCUGACAUCGAGAAGGCUAAGAACUCUCGCAAGGUCCGCGCUGGUAAGGGCAAGAUGAGGGGCCGCCGCCACAAGCAGCGCCGUGGUCCUCUGGUCAUCUACAACCCCGAGGAGGAUGGCAAGGACCUUGUCCUUGCUUUCCGCAACAUCCCCGGUGUCGAGACCAGCUCCGUCUACUCGCUCAACCUCCUCCAGCUCGCCCCCGGUGGCCACCUUGGUCGCUUCAUCGUCUGGUCGUCAUCUGCUUUCUCUGCUCUCGACAAGAUCUACGGUUCCACCACCGAGGCCUCUGCUCUCAAGAAGGACUUCCUCCUCGCCAACCCCAUCAUGAAGCAGACCGAUCUCUCCAAGAUCAUCAACUCCAGCGAUAUCCAGAAGGUCCUCCGCCCCACCCGUGGCGGUGCCGUCUCCAAGCGCACCGUUGUGCAGAAGAAGAACCCUCUCAAGAACUUCCAGGUUCAGCUCCGCCUCAACCCCUACGCCGCUGCUUUCGCCAAGGAGAAGCUCGGCCAGAAGAAGGUUGAGCACACCAAGGAGAGGUCCGGCCAGGACUUCGCCAACCUGUUGGCUGAGAACUAA